AUGGCUUUACUUACAAUGUUCACAGCUAUUAUUCUUCAUCUUCUUCUGCUUACUCCCUUUUCACCAGUGCUCAAAGCCGAUGACAAAUUAAUCCAAAUCGAAUGUCACAAUGCAGAGGUACCAUCGACAUGCAUACAGUGUCUGCAAUCUGACCAACGUUCCCAAAAAGCUGAUGGAGUAGGGAUUGCCACUAUCAUUGUAAGCUGUCUCAAAAACCAUGCUCAGAACUUGGCAGCCAACAUGUCACAUUUGGCUUCUGGUGCCAAAGAUAAAGAGAUGAAAAAUCGUUUUGAAGAGUGCAGCCAAGGGUUUUCCUCUGCAAUGAAAGAGCUAUCUUCAGCAACCAUUAGAUUGAAGAAAGCUAAGUAUGAUGAUGCUGAAAGGUCUGUGAAUAAAGCACUUAACUGCUAUAACCUCAAUUGCCAGUCAAUAAUACAAAGCAACAAGCAUACCCCAAAACAUGUGGUUUAUUCUAUGAGGAUUUAUGAAGAGCUUUCGGAGGCUGCAAAUAGAGUUAUCGAACGACUUUAA